AUGGCAGACACUUCAAGGAGAAGCAUGCUUAAGGAUACGACCUCCGCUCAGAUGAGUGUAGAUAUUGAGAACCAACAUCGUGAGCAAGAAGAGGAUGAGUAUGGCUUCUAUUAUUCAAUUGAUUGUUUCAACAAAUCCCUGUUCUCCCUUCAAGACAACGUUAUGUGGAACGCCGUACUAUGUGUCUUAGCCCUGGCAGCCAUAGUCGUGGUGUCCAUCGAGUUUAAAAGCGCUUUAUCAGAGUUGUUUGAAGUUGUGUAUAAUGUAUUCUAUGCCGUACAUGUCUUGAGUCUAGCUUACAAUUCCCUGGCCAAUCUACAUACCUCCGAUUUAGGUCUAUGCACAGCCAUUUCGUUUCUGGUUGAUGUCAUGACAUUUUCUCCUUACUUUCUAAGAGUUGAGAACUUAUUUCUGUAUAAGCUUGUUUGCUAUUACGUGAGAUUACAUCGUCCACUUAGAUUCCUAUGGGCUUUAAGUGAUCAUAAUCUCAAAGGCAGCAUUGUAGCGACCACACUCAAGUACACUUACUUUUUUAUGAUAUUGCGAGUAUCUUGGGUUCUUAUUUGGCUACAUUUUGAUGCAUUGGAAAGCGAUAAUAAUUUUCGACUCGGUAAAACAAGGUACAAUAUACCAAUACAACACGCACCGAAGUUGACAAGCCAGUUGCCCAGUCGUUUCCUCAGUACUUACUACAUUAUCAACAAGAUGUUUAUACCGAUUGGUCCGUCAGUACCGCCGCGGAAUGAUCUGGAACGCAUUGCUUUCUUAUCAGUGAUGAUAGUAGGGUGUCUGAUGGUGACGGGGGCUGCGGUCGCGUCCCUGUCUCUCGUCAUCAGCAUCUACAUGAGGCCGGAGGAGAAGUUCCGCAGCCGAUACAGGCUCAUCAUGAAGGAAAUGCAAGAGCCCACUAUCCCUCCAAACUUGCGAGAGAAAGUUGAGACAUUUUACAAGAUGUACUGGCACAAACAGAAGGCCGUGUCUACUGCGGAGCUGAUGCCGAUUUUUCCGCCUUCCUUGACAUCCACUAUUUACACCGAUAUAUAUUUUAAGGCGACGCAAAAGAAGUUCUUAGUUCAUAUGUCCACAGUGCCGUAUUCUUCGAGACCUUUCCUAUCAGUUCCUUUCGGAGCUCGCGAAGAAGACGGAGACGAUACACUACAUCCCUGGAGAUCAGAUCAUAAGACGGAAUAA